GACACGUUUCAUAUAAUGCAGAGUGGGCGCUAGAAUGGCAGUCGGUGUCGGUGCGCGGAUUUGUUGACUCGAAAAUUCCUGUUGAAAAUCGAAACCAAAGACGAUAACCAUGCUGCAGGGCUACUCACCGAUCAUGCAAGCCUUCCUGGGCACCCUGUUCACCUGGGGACUCACGGCAUGCGGGGCUUCGCUCGUCAUUGUGAUAAGAGGAUCUCAGAGAAAAGUAUUAGAUGCCAGUUUGGGCUUCGCCGCUGGUGUAAUGACAGCAGCGUCAUUUUGGUCGCUACUGUCGCCCGCCAUCGAAUUGGCGGCAAGUUCAAAAAUGUACGGUGAAAAUGGGGAAUAUGCCUUUGUCCCGGUAGCCCUGGGCUUCAUCCUUGGUUCGUUAUUCGUCUAUGGUGCGGACGUCUUGAUAACGGUGCUUGGAGUCCAUUCUCCCAACAUGAUGCUCGCACUGCAUGCCACAAAUAAAGGAAAGAGUCGUGAUGGUUCCAGACGCGAUUCUACGCACUUGCCGUUGCCUGACUCGACUGCCAUUGAGGGGUUUUCUGAUGUGGGGGGAACUCGCGUCCACCGCAGAAGGGUAGGUAAACCAGUAGUAGACGUAAAAAAAGAUCCAAAAGAUGACGGAAAUGUUCUCCCUCAGAGUUACGACGAGGAGUGUAACAUUGAAGAGAUCCAGCAUGGGCACUGGAAAAGAAUUAUGCUCCUGGUGGUCGCCAUCACCGUACACAACAUUCCAGAAGGCUUGGCCGUGGGUGUCGGCUUUGCCGCAUCUGGAUCUUCAAGUUCGGCGAACUUUGAAACAGCAAGAAACCUAGCAAUCGGUAUAGGCAUUCAAAAUUUCCCAGAAGGUUUGGCAGUUAGUUUACCACUCCAUGCUGCUGGAUUUUCAAUUUGGAGAAGUUUAUGGUAUGGGCAACUUAGUGGAAUGGUGGAACCAAUUUUUGGUGUUCUUGGUGCUGUAGCUGUGGGAUUGGCCCAACCAGCGUUGCCUUACGCUUUAGCCUUUGCAGCUGGAGCCAUGAUCUAUGUAGUUGUUGACGAUAUUAUUCCAGAAGCAAAUACUGACGAAAAUGGAAAACUAGCUACAUGGGGCGCCGUUCUAGGAUUCCUCGUCAUGAUGACCUUGGACGUCGGUUUAGGUUAAUCUUAACCUAUUUUUUUAGUUUUCAACCAAAAUAAUUUAAACAUAAAUUUGUGUUCCUUCGCCGAUCAUCAAAUCAUACUUGUGUCUGUCCCAGCCCGAUCGUUACUUACUGUCACGAAGUACGAUACUGAGUGUUUUCAGAAAGUUUGCAUUUUAAAUCCCUUAGAUUAAGUUUAGUAGUUAAGUUUCAGAAAAAGAUGACAGUUGAUUAUCAAACCACCACUAAAAAAGCCCGAUAGCUUUUUGUUGUGUUUUUUCUAGACUUUUUCUUUUUAGUUAAUUCCCCUAUAUCCAUAAAAAUAAUUAAAAUAAAAAACGCAAAUGAUAGACAAACUAUUUUGAAAUAUUAAGAAACAAGGAACAUAUUAAUUGUUUGCUGUAAUUUUUUGAUGUUAACAGUAUUUGAGAUAUAGCAAAAUACAAUAUGACCGAAAAAACCGGCGUCAACGAAAGCUAUGAAAUGAACGUCGCUGGCAUUUUAUAUGUAAAAUUAUAUGGGGAAUAUCAUAGAUCCUCAUUUUCUAGCCAACUGGACGGUGUUUUUUUUUCGAUCAUACAGUACUUUGGUAUGUUGUAAGUUUUUGUUAGAUUACCAAAGGUUCUAGGAAAUGUAAUUUUUUAAGUGAAUACAUUUAAAUUUUGAAUUUGUUUGAUAGAAACAAAAUAUCCAAAAAAGGGCAUAACAACAUUUAAAGUGAUACUUUAUUAGUUUAUGUUAUUUUUAUGAUUAAUAAUCUCCACAAGUCAAACAUUUUUUAAAAGAAGUUUUAUUUAUCAUUUUUUUUAAAUGCACCUUCCUCAUUGGUAAAAAUCAGACAGAUCUUAUAUUACUUAUAAAAAUAUAAAAAUAUAACCUGUAAAAUAAAUUUAGAUAGAAACAAAUCAAAAUAAUCAACCAAGAAAGAAUAAUACAGAAAUCAUGAAAUAAUGAAAGAGUUUUACCAAUAUGAAUAUUAUUAAUUUAAAUCCAAAUUUGUAUGUACAUUUAUGAAUGUGUAAUUUUAUGUUUUAACGCAGUUUAAAUUUAAUAUUGUAUUUGUUUUGAAAUAUAUAUUUUUUUAAAUUUUAACCAUUAUACAGUGUGUCUUAGAAAUAAGCAUCUUAAGGGGUGGUAGAUCUGGUCAAAAGAAACAUAUUUUCUCUUUUUUUAUUUCUCUUCCUUAUUUUCCCUUUUUUUAUUUAUAUUUCUUUGCCAUUUUUAAAAUAAAUUGAAAAUAACCGAGUUAUUUUACUUUGAAAAUAAAAAAAUGCAACAUUUUGAGAACCGCCGGCGAUAACCGGCUAUUAGCGCUUUUCAGCUUAUUGAACGCCCUGUGUUGCCAGAUGGUCAGAGAAGUAUAUUAUGCAAAAACAAUUCGCAAAACUCCAUAACACAAUUUUUAUUAAAUAUUUUUUAGUUUUAUUUUAAUUUUUACUCUUUAGUUAAUGUUCGGUGUCCAUACCAUCCGAAGAGUUUUGCAGAUACAACUUUUUUAAAGCUGUGUUACAACACAAAAAAAAAUUAUAAAACUUAUCCACAACAUAAAAAAGAUACUGAUCGCAGAUCGAGGUAACAACGGUGACAUUUUUUUUUGUUUUAUCGCAAUACUACACCUAGGUAACUAAAAUACGCAUACACCAUACACUUCACUUAGAUAUGAUUAAAAUUAACACUCGUAGAUUUUUGUGUAGAAAUUUUAGUCAAGAAAUUACAGUCAAUACAGAUAUGUAGAAUAUGAAUAAUAUAGGGGUAGCAGCACUGCAAGGUGUAGAUACACCGUAAAGGAAGCUCAGGUGAAUAAACAAGUGGCACUAAAAAGUGUUUUAAACAAUUUUUCUUCGCCAAAAAACCUUAUAGGCGUGUUUCUGGGGUCGAAAUAUACUACCAGUUUGAAUACUUGCGCUUAUUUCUGAGACACCCUGUAUAUUAUAUCUUGUGGAAAUAUUUUAAAAGAUUUUACUUUAGUAAAAGGUAAUAUUUUAAUUCAGUUGCCCAGUAUAAUACGGCUAUUUAAUUGUUGCCUGGUGCAGUUUAGUAGUUGUACUUAAAAUAAUAAUUAAUUUACUUACCCUGUAAUAGACGUGACUAAAAUAAUAAACCUAUUCCAUAUUUUAGAGAUUAUGCUGUUUGUAGUAGUUAAAAUUGACAAUGAAAGACUUAAUAUAAUACUCCUAGACAAAUAAAAUGAAUAGGUAUUAUUUUAGUCGAAUUUGCUACAUUUUUUCUUGUUAAUCGUCAGUUCUAAAUUUCAGCCAAUUGUUAGCAACUACUGCUGUGAUACUAAGUUAGACCACCGGUUACUAAAUAAUAAAAAAUAAUAUUUUUA